AUGGCUGAAAAAUAAUCCAAGAUAGGGGAUCACAACGAUAAGGAAGAGUCUAUAAUUCAAUUGUUUUUAAAUUUAAUAACCUGUACCUUUUAAACAGUGUUUGGAUAUAUUUGUUUAGAUGUGUGUGUAUCGAUUAGUUUGCAUUAUAUUACUUAAGAGUAAUUGAGUAAUUAUAAGUAGAAUAAAUCCAACGUCGAAUGCUGGUUAUGGUUUUGCCUUGACUUGUGUGUCUAUGAUUUUGGCUCCAAUUGGAUUUGGGCUUAAUUAAUCAUUAAACAUGCACACCUCAUAGGCGUUAGGUGCUAAAAAAGAGUCACUUGCUAAGAGUUAUUUAAAUGUUAACUUCUACGUUAUACUCAUUACACUUAUACCUCUGGGAAUCUUGCUGUUAAUUGCAAAAUAUCCUUUGAGCUUAAUUAUGGCAGAAGACUAAAGAGAAUAAACAUCUGAUUAUUCUCAAUAAUUCUUAUAUUAUUUGAUACCUGCCUUUAUUCUUGCAUAUGAAUUUGAAAGUGUAAAAUGCUUUAUGGUGGCUCAUAAAGUAACCUACCCAUUUACUAUAAUCCACUUUAGCACAUUAUUAACUCAUUGGUUUUUUUGUUGGCUUUUCAUAUCUUGCUUUAAAUGGGGAGUACCUGGAGCAGGUAUAGUAAUAAUUCUCACAGAAGUCUUUAACAUUGUUGGAUUGGUUUGUAAUACAUUUAAUCUUAUUUUAGUAAUUGUUUAAAAUUCAGAUUUAAAAAAUGAAAUUUUUGAUGGGACUAAAAUCUUAUUGGAUAUAGAUAGAUUCACGAGUUUAGGGUUUUAGUAUAUCAAGACUUCUAUUCCGAUUGUUUUACAUCUUUUUUCUGAAUUUUUUGUCUUUUUUUCUCUUUCUUUCAUUGCAUUAAGUUUAGGAGUUUCUGAAAUGAAUGCUCAUAUGGGCGUUCAAAACAUUUGUGGAAUUUAUUUUAGUAAUAUCUUUAUACUAAUUUAGAAAUUCCUAUUAGUUUAUCUAUUGCUAUGAUGUCAUUUGUAGGUAAUGAAAUGGGUAAAGCAAAUAUCAGAUUGGCAAAAAUUUAUAUCACUAUGGGAGUUUCCAUUUUUACUAUUACAUGCCUAAUUUCUUCUCUUUUGGUUUGGAAUCUAUAAGAAUAAUUGGCAACUUUCUAUACAUCAAAUUAAGAAUAAAAUAAGUUGGCGCACAAGGCUGAGCAGAUAUUCUUAGAUACUCUUCCAUGGAUGAUAGGUUGUGUUUUAUUUGUCGAUGGUCUCAAAGGGACCCUAAGUGGAGCCUUAAAAGGAAUUAACAAAAUUAAUCUUGUCUUUGUAUUAUAAAUCAUUAAUUAUCAAGUAUUCAACUAUCAUAAGCAUGUAUGUUAUUUGCCUCCCGAUAGUAUCCAUUUUGACAUAUUCAUGGGGAUUUAAUUAAGGAGUAGUAGGUAUUUGGCAAGGUUUUGGAAUAGCAAAUCUAAUUUUAUGCAUAUUAGAUCUAACAAUUCUAUUUACAGUUGAUUUUGAUAAGGAAUCACAAGCUAUUAUUGCAAGGGUUGAAAUCUAGAAUGAAAUAGAACUUAAAUGUUUCCUUCAAACUGAAGCUGAAACAGUGUGA